GAGGCGGUCUCAUCAGUCCUGUUAGCCCGCCUCGCUCAGCCUCUCCUCAAAUAACCUCCACCCUCGCGCAUGCUCACCAGGGCGAGGUCGAUUCGCCGCUACCGGAGAGCCGUCAUCUUGGUAAAGGUAUUGGGACGUAGAUUUCCUGUUCUCGCGGGAGCUAAAGGCGGGAGUGCCACGUCCGAGCAAACCGGGAAAGCAGAGGAUCCCGGAGCCGGUGAGAAUUCCCUGCUUUUUCACUACCGUUCUCUCCGGGCCUUUUUCCCCCGCCUAGUGGGUCAUAGAGACGAAGGCCCAGAGCGUCCAUAAUGUGGCGAAUCAAAGCCUAGAGCGGCGUCUUAGGGACCCUACAUCCGGGAGGGGGUUCGGGAUAAAGAGAACGAGUCGUGGGAACAGUGUGGGUGCGGACAGAAUGGAAUGGAGUGGUCCUUAGACGUGGACGCAGGGUCUGAGCGGAGUAAAGUGGAUCCCGCGUAGGUCAAGAGUUGAGAGUCAAGUGAAGUCACUGCCUCUGUCCCUCUGGUCAGCAUGAUGGCCAGAGGCCUGGGGGCCCCCCCCUGGGUGGUCGUGGGACUGCUGACCUGGGCGGCCUUGGGGCUGCUGGUGGCCGGACACGACCUGCACGACGACCUGCACGAGGACUUCCAUGGGCACAGCCACAGGCAUUCACAUGAGGAUUUCCACCACGGACACAGCCAUGCCCAUGGCCAUGGUCACACUCAGGAGAGCAUCUGGCAUGGGCAUACCCACGGUCACGACCAUGGACAUUCACAUGAGGAUUUGCACCGUGGCCAUAGCCAUGGCCACUCCCAUGAGAGCCUCUACCACAGAGGACAUGGACAUGACCAUGAGCAUAGCCAUGGAGGCUAUGGGGAGUCUGGGGCUCCAGGCAUCAAGCAGGACCUGGACACUGUCACUCUCUGGGCCUAUGCACUUGGGGCCACAGUGCUGAUCUCUGCAGCUCCAUUUUUUGUCCUCUUCCUUAUUCCCGUGGAGUCAAACUCCCCCCGGCAUCGCUCUCUACUCCAGAUCUUGCUUAGUUUUGCUUCAGGGGGGCUUCUGGGAGAUGCCUUUCUGCACCUCAUCCCUCAUGCCUUAGAGCCACAUUCUCACCACCCUGUGGAGCAGCCAGGACAUGGACACUCCCACAGUGGCCAGGGCCCCAUUCUCUCCGUGGGGCUGUGGGUCCUCAGUGGAAUUGUUGCCUUUCUUGUGGUGGAGAAAUUCGUAAGACAUGUGAAAGGAGGACAUGGACAUGGACAUGCCCAUGGUCACACACAUGGAAGUCAUGGACAUGGAAGACAGGAGCGUCCUUCAAAGGAGAAGCAGAACUCAGAGGAAAAAGAAAAGGACACAGCGGGGGUACGGAAGAGGAAAGAAGGGAGUACAGGGCCCAAAGAUGGCCCAGUGAGGCUGCAGAACCCUGAAGAGGAAAUAGCAGGCUCAGACCUGCGUGUGUCCGGGUACCUGAAUCUGGCUGCUGACUUGGCACACAACUUCACGGAUGGUCUGGCAAUUGGUGCUUCAUUUCGAGGAGGCCGGGGGCUGGGAAUCCUGACCACAAUGACUGUUCUCCUACAUGAAGUGCCCCAUGAAGUUGGGGACUUUGCCAUCUUGGUCCAGUCUGGCUGCAGCAAAAAGCAGGCAAUGCGACUACAGCUGGUGACGGCAAUAGGGGCACUGGCAGGCACAGCCUGUGCCCUUCUAACCGAAGGAGGGGCAGUGGGCAGUGAAGUCUCAGGCGGUACAGGUCCUGGCUGGGUGCUGCCAUUCACUGCAGGUGGUUUCAUCUAUGUGGCAACUGUGUCUGUGUUGCCUGAGCUGUUGAGGGAGGCAUCGCCACUGCAGUCACUUCUGGAGGUGCUGGGGCUGCUAGGGGGAGUUGUCAUGAUGGUGUUGAUUGCCCACCUCGAGUAAGAGGUGGGAUAAAUCAUCGUCAUCCCUGCCUCAAGCCCCUAACUCCACACUCCAGAUUAGUGGUCUGUGAAGGCUGGGGGCCCUGGCCAGGGACAUCUGCCAAAGGAAGGAGUUGUAGCAUAGGGGAGUGGUGACUUUGGCACUAGGACCAUCAAGGUUUGGCAGCCUUACAGGGGCUAUAGAGGGGAGAAAGAGAGGCCAGAGGGACCAUAGUGUUGGGCACCAGCUGACUAUGUUGUUGGGAUUGUGGGGCUAAAUGGGGCUAUCAAGAAGGCUGGAAGGGAGUAGGAUAAUGGCAGCCUACCCAGUGUCCCCUACCCCAUCAGUUCUCAGAGGACCAAGCUGCCACACACAGCCUUCUCCAAGGGCCACCUCCCUGUCUCCCACCUGUUGGUGGAGGCUACAGAGAAGACUGGAGCCUUGGACAGAGGAGGUAGCAGAAGCCAGAGAUAAACAUCAAGCAUCAAUCGUGUGCCCCGAUUCGGGAGUGAUUGGGGGGGGGGGAGAGUUAGUUGUUAAUCUCAUGGCCUGAUCUUUUUGUUUCUAUUUUUUUAUAUCACUGUGUUGGAAUUGAGGGGGAGGGUGGUGACCUGAAAUAAAGUCCUCGGAUAUUCCGCCCCCA